CCUCGGUUUGAUCUAACCAUGUGGUACGCAUCUCCAGAUCACAAGGGACGGGCACUAUGCGGUGAGCGCAGGUUGCACCCACGUGAUGCCGAAUUAUGGAGGAUGAAUUAUAUAAGUUUAUGGCUCACAAAGUAACCAACGAGUACAGUCAGAAAAUGGUGGACGUCAGUGUGCAGCAAUUUGACAUGGAUUCCAAUAUGGUCAAUGAGACGACCAAGAGGGCGGGCGAAUUGUACAAAGAAUUUACCUCGCCAAGGAAGGUGGCAUCAGCACUUAAACAAGAAUGCGACAAAAAAUAUGGCCGCGCCUGGAACUGUAUAACAGGGCGAGAUUUUACCAGCUACGUGUCUUAUCAAAAGGGUAUGUUUCUGGAAUUCAUGAUUGGGGACUACAAUUUUAUCUUGUUCAAGUCGGGAGACAAAUAAACUUCACAUGCGACGGCAUCCGUGAAAGAAAUCCUUUAAACAAUAACACUUAUUUAGACAUGAUACUUUCUUACGAUCGAGCACCGGUUAAAAGCAGGCUAAAAGAAUUAAAGACAAUUAUAUGAAACGGUCGUUCUCCUUUAUUUUUGAGCUACUGAUUGCGGCUGAGGGUAUU